AAUUAGUAAGGCCUUCAACUUCAGGGCAGAUUUGCUGUUGUCACUUCGCCUUAUUUUCUUUCUUCUCACUUGUCUUUGACCUGAGAAAGCCAUGGACAUUCUCCGUUUCUUGUGCGGCGUUCUCGGAAAUGCAGUCGGUCUGUUCCUUUUCUUGGCGCCUAUUAUGACGUUCAAGAGGAUCAUAAGAAGCCAGUCGACUGAGCAGUUCUCUGGUGUCCCCUAUGUGAUAAGCCUACUUAAUUGUCUCUUGUACACUUGGUAUGGACUACCAUUCGUGUCGUCGGACAACCUUCUGAUAUCAAUCAUUAGCGGCAUAGGAGUAGUGAUUGAAUUCACGUACGUUUCAAUCUUCAUCACAAACGGACCAAAGAAGGAGAGGGCGAAGAUUAUCGGACUCUGUGCUCUUGCUCUGAUUCUUUUCAUAACAUUUGCCUUUGUCUCCCUCUUCGCCUUGCAUGGGAAGACCCGGAAACUCUUAUGUGGCAUCACGCUCGACAUUUCCUCUACUAUCAUGUAUGCUUCACCUCUAUCAGUCAUGAUGUCGGUAAUCAAGAAGAAGAGCGUGGAGUUCAUGCCAUUCUUGUUAUCGCUGUUCACCUUCUUAUGUGGCAUUUUCUGGCUCACAUACGGCCUUCUUAGUAGGGACCCGUUUCUCAUCGUGCCUAAUGGAUUGGGGACUGGACUUGGGACUGCCCAACUGAUCUUGUAUGCAAUAUACUGCAAGAACCAGAGUCAUAUGACAAACGAGAUCACGGAUGAAUUUGCAGAGACGGACCUUGAAACGACCGAUCAAAUGCAGAAAUUGGGUUGCCUUGCUUAAGCUUCACAGCUUCAAGCAAAACAUGACCAGCCCUCUGGAAUCUAUCAUCAUUGCGCGCUGUAAUUGGCUUACAUCACAAGAAAGAGUUAAACAAAACAUUUCCAGCUCUUAUCAUUCAAAAUCAAGUGGUGACAGACUUACGUGAUGAGGUUAUCACCUUAAUGAGAUCAGAGAAAGUAUCAUUUUUCUUCUCUCUUUUCCUCUUCUAUUUUUUGGUCUUGACUUUCACGCCUUCCUGUCUCUAUUAGCCACGAUAGAUUGCCACUACAAUACGAUAAUCAGCUGUAAGACAUCUC